ACAGCUUCCAUGGGGCCUGGGCCUCCUAGAGAUGAGUUUUCCAAGAGAGAGGGAGAGGGGACAGGCCUUGCCUGGAGGGAAGGAGAAUCUCUGCUGGGCUGAAUGGUGAUGUGAAUGUGACACAUGCCCUACCUGUGACACAUCUCCUGAACAUGUAGAAGGUCCAGCCAGAGGGAAGGAAUCCAAAGUGCAGUCCCAGAGCAACCCCUGCCUCCCUCUAAAGCUACUCUGGACUGUUCUGAUAGAGACAGGUGGAGUUAUCUGUUGAUUCUGUGGACUUGGCAGGAAUUCCAUACUUUUUACACAGCCUUUUAUCACAUCAGGGAUUACACAUUUACCACCCAGCACAUUAAAUAAGGAUCCCAAUUUGGGCUGUGGCACAGAUCGUUUGAAGGUGUGGAGUGGACGCCGGUGCUGCGGUGCUGCCUUGGGUUUCCUUCCCUGGAGGCUCUGACCUGAUCCCUGCAGGAAUGGCCCCAGGGCUCAGUGCUUCUCCACCACUUGUGGUCCUGCUCCUGUCCCUGCUGGGUCUGGCUGCUGCUGGGAAGCUCCUGGUGGUGCCAGUGGACGGGAGCCACUGGCUCAGCAUGCGGGAGGUGGUGGACAUGCUCCAUCAGAAGGGACACGAGGUGGUUGUGGUGGCACCUGAAGUCUCUAUGCACAUCAAGCCAUCCAAGAACUUUGUGAUGAAAAUGUACUCAGUCCCCUACACAAAGGAAGAAAAGGAGAAAGUUUUCAAUGCAUUCUUUCAGGUUUCAUUUGAAGAGGGAUCUUUUUUUGAAAGAUUUCUUAAAGCGUACAAGAGCAUGAAAGGAAUGAGUGACUUGGAGUUCUCCAGUUGUGAACAACUCUUGCAAAACAAAGAGCUCAUUGGGUACCUCGAGAAGAGCAAGUUUGAUGCUGUCUUUACAGACCCUUUUCUACCCUGUGGGGCAAUCCUGGCUGAGCAUCUUUCACUUCCUUCUGUGUUUUUGUUACGAGGAAUCCCGUGUGGUUUAGAUUUUGAAGCCACUCAGUGUCCCAAGCCGCCUUCCUAUGUCCCCAGGAUAAAUACAGAAAAUACAGACCACAUGACCUUUCUCCAGCGAGUGAAGAAUCUGCUCUAUGACAUCCCAAGUCUUUUUCUCUGUGAUUUUGCUUUUAAACCCUAUUCAAAACUGGCUUCCAAGUUCCUGCAGCGGGAGGUGACUGUGCUGGAUCUCUUACGGAAGGGCUCUGUUUGGCUCAUGAGGUUAGAUUUUGUUCUAGACUAUCCAAGACCCUUGAUGCCAAACAUCAUUCCAAUUGGAGGAGUAAACUGUGCUCACAAGGAGCUGCCUGAGCGAGUGAUGAAUCUGCUCUAUGACAUCCCAGAUAUUUUUCUCUGUGAUUUUGCUUUUGAACCCUACUCAAAACUGGCUUCUGAGUUCCUGCAGCGGGAGGUGACUGUGCUGGAUCUCUUACGGAAGGGCUCUCUUUGGCUCUUCAGGUUAGAUUUUGUGCUUGACUAUCCAAGACCCUUGAUGCCAAAUAUCAUUCCAAUUGGAGGACUAAACUGUGCUCAGAAGAAGCACAAGGAGCUGCCUCAGGGGUUCUCUGUUAUAAGGAAACAUGAGGGUUUUCUAAUGACCCUGUACUGCGGAUCUGUUAUGUGA